AUGGCACGCUGUAUGCCGCGGCAGACACGCUACUGGGCGGACUGUGAGCCUGUUGCUUCGCUCUCCAAUGUGCCACUGCGUCUCGUGACGCGUUUCUGGCUGCACGAGACGCUUCGGGUCGGACGCUGGCUGCGGUAUGACAGUCAUCCGUUCUUUGAGCCACCCGCGAGACCCAGAGACCUGUGGCUGCAGUAUCCUGCGCAGUAUCAGGAAGCUGCAGGCCAGAGCGAAGUAGAUGCGGAUGGAGACGUCAACAUGCAGGAUCCCAGUCCUGCAGGACACAGAAUGCGACUGCCCUGCUCGCCCAGCUUCCUCUUCCGAGGCGAGGUGCCGCUCUGGCCUUACAUCACGGCCAUGUUGGCGCAGCCUAUGCUGGACGUCCCGGACCUCUCCGCCAGAUUGCAACUGUACGGGCCCUAG